AUGGACGAAGCAAUUGGUAGAUAUGGCGGCUGUGGCAGCCCGCCCACUAGCCGCCGUGCGAUUUCGAGCCGUCACAUCUCCAACCAGGCCCUGUCUCGUUUCAGCGUCAAACGCCAGGGGUGCGUUCGAUGGCGGGAUCGCGUGCCAGGGGGCGGCUUUCCAAAACCAGGAGAUCUCUGUCGCUGCUCUGCUGACCUGCGGCCAUCUGGUCUGCGACGGCGCGGCGCAAUGCAGCAUACCAGUAAUCUUGAUCGAUGCAAGCCCUCCAUGUCUUGUGCAACCGGCGGGAAGUGUCUGCCCUACCGUGCCGUUUCCUGUCGGGAAGAUCUCUGCCCUCUCAAGCCGGUUUAA